AUGAAGAUGUCUGAUAUAAAGGCUUGGGUUGAGUAUGUUGUGGAGUGGGCUGCAAAGGACCCAUAUAGCUUCCUUACAGCAGUUAUUCUGGCCCUUACUCCACUGUUCCUAGCAUGUGCUGCACUGUCUUGGAAGUUGGCCAAGAUGACUGAGACCAGGGAGAAGGAGCAAAAGAAGAAACAAAAAUGUCAAGAAAAUAUUGCAAAAGCUAAACACUAA